AAUGGCCUGGAGGAACCACAGCGCCAUCACAGAGUUCCUUCUCACGGGGCUCUCUGACGACCCCCUGAUCGAGGCUCUACUUUUCGCGCUUUUCCUGGGGAUUUACCUCCUCACCAUGACGGGGAACCUGACGAUGCUGCUGGUGAUCGGGGCUGACUCCCACCUCCACACGCCCAUGUACUUCUUCUUAAGCAACCUGUCAUGUAUAGACCUCUGCUUCUCGUCCGUCACGGUACCGAAGCUGCUGAAGGACCUCCUGUCUGAGAGGAAAAGCAUCUCAGUAGGGGGCUGCCUGGCUCAGGUCUUCUUCGUGUUUUUUUCUUCUGGGACUGAAGCCUGCCUGCUGUCGGCCAUGGCUUAUGACCGCCACGCUGCCAUCUGCCAUCCACUGCUCUAUAGCCAGGUGAUGAGAACGGAGUUGUGUGUGAGGCUUGUGUUGGUCUCGUGGGGCGUGGCCUCUCUCAAUGCCACCAUCAUUGUGCUCUUGGCCGUCAACCUGGACUUCUGUGAGGCUCAGACCAUUCACCACUACACCUGCGAGCUGCCUGCCCUUUUCCCCCUGUCCUGUUCGGAUAUCUCUAUCACGGUUGAUAUCCUGCUUUGCUCCAGUUUAUUGCACGGGCUGGGAACCUUUAUCCCAAUCUUCUUCUCCUAUGCCCGCAUUGUCUCCACCGUCUUGAGCAUCGGCUCCACCACGGGGAGAAGCAAAGCCUUCUCCACCUGCUCGUCCCACCUCACUGCAGUGACCUUGUUCUUUGGGUCAGGCUUUCUCUGCUAUCUCAUGCCCCCCUCUGGGUCCUUCCUGGAUUUGCUCCUGUCUUUGCAGUACAGCGCAGUCACCCCCAUGCUGAACCCCCUCAUCUACAGCCUGAAAAACAAGGAGGUGAAGGCCGCUGUGAGAAGGACACUGAGAAAGUACCUGCCGUAG